GCUCACUUUGUCCCAGGAACUGAGGUCGAAGAAGGAACAUCGGUGGUUGCGGAAAGAGAGAUGGAAGGUGGGAAAAGUCGCUGCAACUGGAGGGGGCUACCCUUUACCUUUACACUGGGCUUCAUCCUGGCGUUAGCUCCGCCGAUCGCCCACAGCCGGAGUCUCCGCUUCGUGACUUUGUUGUAUCGGCAUGGAGAUCGCUCUCCGGUGAAGACAUAUCCCCGAGAUCCCUAUCAGGAAAGCGCCUGGCCCCAGGGAUUUGGACAGCUGUCUCAGGAAGGGAUGCAGCAACAGUGGGACCUGGGCCGAGCUCUUCGUAGGCGUUACUAUGGGUUCCUGAAUGCUUCAUACAAUAGGCAAGAGAUCUUUGUUCGCAGUACAGAUUUUGAUCGGACCUUGAUGAGUGCCGAGGCAAAUCUGGCAGGCCUGUAUCCUCCACAUGCGCAGCAAGUGUUUAAUCCCAAUAUUUCUUGGCAGCCUAUCCCUGUACACACUGUACCUGAUGACAUGGAGAAGCUCUUGCGGUUUCCAUUAUCUCCCUGUCCCCGUUAUGCACAGCUGCAAAAUGAGACCAGGCAGACACCAGAGUAUAUAAAUAUGACCCUCCAGAAUAUGCAAUUCUUGAAAAUGGUAGCAAACAUGACAGGAAUUCAGGAUGUUUCCCUUGAAUCUGUCUGGAGUGUGCACGAUGCACUCUUCUGUGAGAAAAUGCACAAAAUGCAUCUUCCAGCAUGGGUAACUCCUGUGGUGAUGGCUAAACUGAAGGAGUUAAAAGAUUUCAGUUUUAAUGUCCUUUUUGGCAUCCAUAGACAAGUGGAGAAAGCUCGUCUGCAGGGUGGAGUUCUUUUGUCUCAAAUAAGGAAGAAUCUUACCUUAGCUACAAAAGACUCAGCACCCCACCACCUUAAAAUGCUUAUGUACUCAGCGCACGACACCACUCUUGCGGCACUGCAGACAGCUCUGAAUGUUUACAACGGGAAACAACCGCCAUAUGCUUCAUGUCAUAUAUUUGAACUGUACCAAGAAGACGACGGUAAGUUUACAGUGGAGAUGUUCUUUCGGAAUGAGAGUCAGAAGGAGCCUUAUGAAUUGCAGCUUCCCGACUGUAACCAGCGCUGCCCCCUGCCUCAGUUCCUGCAACUUACAGAGCCAGUUAUUUCACAGGACUGGAAACAGGAAUGUCAGAUAAUAAGCACAAUGAAAGACACAGAAUUUAUUGUGAUUUUGGCUGUCUGUGGAUCUCUCCUGUUCUUAAUGACCAUUCUGCUCCUGACAGUACUCUUCUGUGUGAAGCCCAAGCCUCCUGGCUACAGCCAUCUUUCCAAUGAAGGGGAGGAACAGCCUUGACAAUUGCUUCAGCCCCUCCUGAGGCAGCAAGAGGAAACAGCUGAUCUCAGGGACAAAUGGGGCCUCAUUCAAUGACUAAACAUCUUCCUGACUGAUUUUGAUCACGGCUUUUGAAGCAGAAGGGUUGACAAUGGAGAUGUUGCAACUAGCAGAUGCAUUCUAUCUACCACAGCAUAAUGCUAAGUUAAUUGCUAGGAGUAAAAUGCCAACAUGGUCUUAGAUUGCUAUUUCUCAGCGUGUGAUCAGUUUAACACUUCAGAAGGUUGUUUUUCUUUCUCUAAACUCAAUAUCCUGUCUUAAUUGUUUAAAAAUGGCACAAAAAGUGGCUCUCUGCUCCUUAAAAAAAAACCUUCAGUCUAGUAGCUGCCACUUGUAACUCUCUUUUACACUGUGACAGUGGCAUGAUGCUUAAACCAUCAAUAACCAAUUGCUUCCAUCGAGUCAGAAAUUCAGAACAAAAUGGUGGUUUCUAUUGUACAAAACAGCCAUAGGAAGAAAUCUUAAAUUCACUCAACAGAAAUUGCCAUAAUUGGAUCCACCAGUUUCGUGGAGGUUUUUCCACGGACCAAAGAAUGCGUGGUUUUGUGUGCUGCCUGCAUCCCACAGAUGGGGCUUUGCUUGUUUGUGCGGCCCAGUUGUUGGCAUGCCACGGCCCAGUACCGGUCCACAGACCAGGGGUUGGGGACCCCUGCUCUAAGUACUUUACUCUUAGUCUUUAGAUACUCAAGAGAUAGAACAAGUGGCAUUAGAUUCCUCCCUGCCCUCUAACUGGAAAGGGAUUGAUCAAAUAUAUGCAUUCAAGCUAUUAUUUACAUACCUGUGAUACAUCAUGCACAAUACUCUGGACAAGAAGAAUGUUAAAAGAACACGUGCUUUAAGAACACACUUUAAAGGUCUUAAUUCAAAUCUCUGUGGUAGAAAUAUUGAUGUCUCUGGUUUUACAUUCCUAAACUUCAUUUUGAAACAUGCUGCUGAAGUUGAAGAUGAGAUAACUUUUAACUGAGCAGGUUCUAUUGUUAUGUAAGAUACAGGGUCCUAUACAUUUGGGAGAUCAGCAUCUCCCAAAUCUUCCCUUGAGUGCAUUCCAAUCCACUGAUGCUGGUGCCAGGCAUUUUUACUUGGCUCUUGCUUAAACCCUUUUAACUUUGGGCCCAGUUUUUUCCUUUGGCCUUCACUGAUUGUGCUUCACCUCAGAUUGUAUAUUCCUACUUGACACAAUGCAGGGCAGCACAGAUGUCUUUCUUAUUCCUCUCCAUGAAGAGAAAAAUGUACUACCUCAUCAAAAAUAUUAUAUAUGGCAUAUAAAAAUCACAAGGCUAUCAUUUCAAAGAUUCGUUUAUAAGAUAUAGCCAAUUUCUUAACUGUAAACAAAAUGUUAGUUCACAUUUCAGAGAACAGUGUUUUCCUUUAGAUCUGAAUUCUAUAUGACCCGAAGUGCAAUGUGUUUCCUUCAUCCUUGAACAGUGGCGUCUGAAGAUAAGAAUCCAUAGUAUAAUUGCCACAUAGGCCAGAAACCAAGCACUUUUUAAAUUACCCCUCUCUCAAAUACAAAACGAAAACCCCACACUCUAAAAUUAUUGCUCCAAGCUUUCUAACAAGUUCCAUAAAAAUUCUCUUUUUUAUAUUUCCCUGCAGGGCAAAUUUCUACCAUAUGGAUGCUUUUUUUAUAUCUUCAACUGGAAUGCAGCCCGUCAAUUUGUUUGCAAUAUCAGGACUAAAUGCUGAGUACAGUUCCCCCACCCUUAAAAAAAAUCCCAUUCUCUUUUUCCUUAAAAUAGACUUCUUAAAAAGAGCAAUACUGGUUACUUACUGUAAUCAAAUACAUCUAAGUAUACAAAAAUGCCAGGAGAUAUAAAGUAAAAAAUGUAAUUGUGUGUUUUGUAUUUCCUGGGCUGAAACAGUAGCAAUCCUACUCUGAGGAGAUACUAAAAGUCCAGCUUGGUCAUUACAAAACAUUUCACAUUACAUUUCCUCUAAAGCCACUGCAUUAGUAUCCUGUUACUAAAGAGUACACAAGACAAUUGCCAAAAAUUUACCCAAUUCCAUUUGAAGUUGUCUUAUUUUUCUAUUGAAACUGUAUGAUUAUGCCUCCUGCAGGGCAGGAUGGAAGAUAGAGCCAAGAGAAACUCAGAUAAAUCACUUCCAGAAAUGAAUCAAGUCAAUUUAUAUGCCAAUUUCUUGCAAGCUAAGUUGUAAAUAAAAUGGGAAAUAAUUUGCUUUGGUACAAAAUGAGGAAAACAAUUUAUUUCUUGAGAUUAAAUGUUGCUGUAAUUCACUCGAUCACUUUCUUAAUGUUUUCAUUAAAAAAUAAGAUUGGACUGAA